UACAAAAUUGUACCUGGGCAAUGAGUUGGUUGACUAACCAAUUUUUCCUAUUUACAGCUCUGCAUAAGGAUGUCAGUUCGACCACAAAGUUGGCACCAGUUGGUGCGGAUCUCUACCGUGCACCUGAAAUGGAAAAGGGGGUGUGCAUCACCAACAAGGUGGACAUGUAUGCCUUGGGGUUGAUUCUAUUCCAGCUGUUUGGUCCCCGGGGAGAUACUGCGAUCCAAAGGUUGAAAGAUUCGGCAUCGCCCAGGCAAGUUUGCGAAAUUUGCGAAAAGUAUAAGAUGGAUGAAACUGUCAAGCCCCUGAUCUUGAAGCUACUUCGGACAGAUCCAUUGAAACGGCCUUCUGCUGCUGAUCUUCUACAGGAUUUAGAUACAUUGGAGGGGAAAAAACAAGAAGCACAACUACAGAAACUUUCAUAGCAUUUGGAAACUGACAUUUAGCAACUGCGAUGGGCCAUGCAGUUGGCUGUGCCUAAAACCCUAGAACAUGGAUGCUGUUUAUCACUGUUUGAGUAUAUUGUGGAGUACUGUGUCUCGAACGAGCGUUUGACACUUGCAAUGUUGUGCACAUGGUGCUAUGUCACCUAGACUCCUUUUUGAUAUUGUAUAAUGAAUUUGUUUCUGCAACAAUGCUAUUUUGAAGUGUGCCAAAGGCAUUAGGACAUUUCUGUUAACAUUCUGGUGUUUGGGCCAUUUCUGUUACUGAAAAGAGUUUCAGCAACUUCCUCCUAAUCCUUGUCUGUGUGAAAAAUACUGAGAAAUUCUUUCCAUGUCUUGUGUUAUCAACUGGGCAUUCAAGAAGUUAAAGUCUGCUUUCAUUGGUCA